GAAAUUGAUUGGAGUAAAAUGUUGCUUUAGGUUGCGGCGUUCUCGGGUUGUUACUUUUUUACUCUUGGUGUCGGGUUGUUUCCUCUGAAUUAUAGAACAUAAGAAAAAUAUGUUGCAAGUCCGGAAGAUUUCUCGGCUUUAAUGUUAUAUUGUUGUGGUUUAAUUAGUUCUAUCUCGACGAACUAAGCGUUGUUUAAAAUGCGAUACAAAAUUAAUGCCGGACUUUUUGUUCUAUUUGUGUUAUUCAUUUCGGUGUGUAUAUCAAAUUUGGCGAAUUUCUUAGGCACUGAUCGACAAAUCGCCCAACGGUUGCAGGAAACAUCUGAGAAUAAUCUGGAAUGGAAGGAUCGAAGGAAGAAGCUGGAGAUCGGAAACGGAACUGAUCAUCUUAUGUGGUUUGUACAGAUUUCUGACAUUCACAUAAGCAUAUGGCGUGAUAAAAAACGACAAAGUGAUUUACGAGACUUUACGGGGGAAACUUUAGACGUAAUUAAACCGCCAGUUGUUGUGGCUUCUGGAGAUUUGACUGAUGCGUGGUCGACGAAUUAUUUGGGCUCGCAGCAAUUUAAACGGGAAUGGGAAAUUUACAAAUCGAUAUUGGAAGAAAAUCAGGUUGGCAAGAAAACCAUAUGGAUGGAUAUUCGAGGAAAUCAUGACACUUUUAACGUACCGAGUUUGGACUCUGAUCUGAAUUUUUUUACAAAGUAUUCUAUUCAAGGAGAUAAACACAAAAGAUCUUACAUGAAACAGAUCACAGUUGGGAAAGACAAAUAUUCCUUUAUCGCAAUUGAUGCAUGUCAAAACCCAGGAACAAAACGGGCGUUUAACUUUGUUGGGAUCUUAGAUGUAAAUCAGACAAAUGCCAUAAUAGAUUUGGCUGAAGCUUCCCGAAAAUCAGGGGCUGAUUAUAUAGUAUGGUUUGGACACUAUCCAACAUCUUCAAUCUUAUCUCCGGGCACUGGGAAUCGUGGUAUUCGGGGUGUUUUAGGUCACUACGAUGAAGGUUACGUUUAUUUGUCAGGGCACUUACACACACUUGGUGGUUUGGCUAAGAACAUGUAUGCUCUCCAGGACACAAAUUUCUUCGAACUGGAGUUAGCGGACUGGAAAGACAACAGAAUGUUUCGAGUGGCAGCUUUCGACCAUGGUCUUUUUUCAUUUAUUGAUAUUAAGCAUAAAGACUGGCCUAUAAUUCUAGUGACGAAUCCCAAAGACUCAAUGUUAAAUAUAGAGAAAAAAGAAGAUCCAUCGCUUCAAGUUAAAUCGACGCAUAUCCGAAUACUUUUAUUUGAUCCUGAAGAAAUAAUCAGUUGUAAGGUGCAGAUUGAUGAUGAGCAAUUUAAAGAUUGCCACAAUAUCACGAAAAAUUUGUAUGUGAGGGAAUGGCAGCCGGAUCGCUAUAAAAAAGGACAACAUCGCAUCAAUGUGGUCGUGACCACAGCUGAUGGCAGACGCAAAUCGAUCUCCCAACAGUUUGCGUUGGACAACACGAAUCGAGGAUUUCCGACAAUUGCGAAGAUGAUACUGAAAACCAACCUAACUCAUAUUUUUCAAGCGAUGUUUGGGUUUGCAUUGGCCGCAUGUAUCCUUCCGAUUUGCAUACUCCGAACUUGGCAUGAGCUGGCUUAUGCUAGAAAAGUUAAGAAACCUAAUUUGCAUAGAUCUUACUUCAGAAGAAUGAUACGGAAGUUAUGGAUUUUAUCUACUGUGGAUCGUAUACUAUAUCCCUAUUUAUUUUCUAUUCUAUAUGUGCUGAUUGGGCCAUGGUCAAUUGGUCACAUUAUUGAUGGGCACAUGGGUAUAAUUUUUUCGUGGGGAAUGUUCGUUAAAGGCCAUUUUCUGCCAGGGACCUUAAGCUAUCUCUAUGGUUAUUUUCAAUUGAUGUUUUGUAGCUUCCCGUUAGUAUUUAUAUAUGCGCAGGUGGUGUGGGACCGCUAUAAUAUAUUGCUGGUGCCUGAAAAGCAACGGCCGAAAACAAUUUGGUCAAGAACUUUUGAAUAUUUACCAUUCUGUACAGUUCUUCUGACAGAGAUUGUUUUGGCUGGAUUCUUUUGGUCUAUUUACGGACCAUUGUCAGCUUUUCUAGGGCCAUUACGAACGUGGUCUAUGGUCUUGCAUUGUGCAUUAUUUUAUUGGGCCAAAACCCUCCCGAAAUAUACAUUGAAAUCCGCAAUGACAGUGUUAGAGUGAUAACUGGUGGAGUGUUCCGGAGAAGAAUGUGAGGUCUAAACAGCGAAUAUCGUGCGAUUUUCAUGUAAUUAUUUAAUACUACCGGCAGUUUGAAAAACGUAAAGUUCAUUGAAAAAAAUUAAAAAGAAAAGUGCUUUGGUUUGCCAACCAAAAAUAAGGGAUUUUCAUUCCAAAUUUUUGAUUAUAUUCUAGGUGUAAGAGACGUUUUUUUUUUAUGUUGAAAAGCUCCAAACUCUAAUCCUUAUUGCUGAUUUAACAUUGAUUUUCCUAUAAUUAAUUUCUAAAUAUUUAAUUGACUUUUGAUAUUCUUUAUCAAUAAAUUUUAACUAAUGUUUUCUUACGAUUUUACAUAUAUCCACGUUUGAGACAGUCAAUAUUAUGAAAAGUUUAUCAUUUAACAUUUUGAUAACACAUGAUGAGGGGCAGUUGGUUGCAGAUAUACGUUAAUUGGUAUUGGCCGCAUGAAAAUGUGAACAAUCCUACUAUCCUCUGUGGAUUUUCCCUAUUCUAACAAGAAUAGUACUGGAUUGAUAUUCAAUUCAAUAAUGACAAUCUGUGAUGAUAAAUCAAGCCACUCUGCAACUUUGCUUCGUAUUUGUCUGAUGUAAUAUUUGAUUAAAAUGAUUAUGAUUGUUUUGGUUUCUAA